UUGAAUGAGUCGUCAGUGUUUUGGUCUUGUGUUUAUAUCCGAAGUUUUGGUUUGACACUACAAUAGCAUAAUGGACGAUAGUUUUAAAUAAUAUCAGUUGCUCAGUAUUAUUUCAUAAUAAUUGAUGUCGACUAGUAAAGAGGACGGAGAAGAAUAAAAUGGAUACUAACACAAAAACCUCCCAGCUAGACAAGGAACAAACGGUACCCCUCAAAGAUGGAACAGAGGAUGUCCAGACACUCACGUUUGUGGAAAAACUAAAACACGUAAGAAACAAUAUAACAGUGGAGCCAGCGCUGGCCCUGUUCAUAGUGCCCAGUGUGCUGGCAGUACUCGCGGCACAAAAUCUGAAUUUGGAUAAAGCGUGUAGGGUGAAUCUGGGUUUUAAUGAUAGCGCCUGUACAGCGCUAAAUUUGAGGAAGCGCGCCAACUUCAGCCACGAGGAGGAUGAAGUGCAGAAGCUGAUAGCAUCCGUGCAAGCGUGGAAGAGCGUGGUCCAUACUUCUGUGCCCACAAUAUUAAUGCUAUUCGUCGGAGCUUGGAGCGACAAGACGGGACGGAGGAAGAUAUGUUUGCUUAUGCCGAUAUGCGGCGAGCUGCUGACGUGCAUACUCAAUAUGAUAAACACGUACUUCUUCUACGAAGUCUCCGUGGAAUGGACGACCUUCAUGGAGGUCAUAUUCCCGUCACUGACGGGCGGAUGGUACACGAUGAUAUUGGGAGCGUACAGCUACUUGGGGGAUAUCACGUCGAAAGAGGCGAGGACGUUUCGAUUCGGGGUGUUGAGUUUGUGCAUGUCGGUGGGAUUCCCCAUUGGGAUGGGGGCGAGCGGUGUCCUGCUGCGGUACACCGGAUAUUAUGGGGUGUUCGGGUUGUCCGCACUGAUACACCUGUUCAACUUUGUCUACAUUCUAUUCUCUAUAAGAGAUCACAGAAAGGAGACUCUAUAUCUCAAGGACACUUCAAAAGGACGCGUCCUUGGAUUUCUGAAGGACUUCUUCGACUUCCGAAGUCUCAGGGACACAACACACAUCGUAUUGAAGAAGGGACCCAACAACAGGAGGCUCCGAAUGUGUCUCAUACUGAUGGUUGUCUGUCUGACCUUCGGACCUACGUGGGGUGAAAUGAGUGUGAUGUACAUAUUCACAAGGUACCGAUUCAACUGGAACGAGAUCAUGUACAGCAUCUACUCCACGUAUGCUCUCAUCACUCAUGCUGUUGGCACAAUGUUUUCAAUAAGUAUUUUCAGUAAGAGAUUGGAGAUGGAUGAUGCGGUGCUGGGCAUCAUUUCGACUUUUAGCAAAAUGGCUGGAUCAGUCAUUUUGGCUUUCGCCAGAACCAACAACGAAAUUUAUGCUGUGCCUAUAGUGGAGAUAUUGAACGGUACAACAAAUAUUGCCCUGCGUUCUAUCGCUUCGAAAAUUGUGACGCAGCGUGAAUUAGGCAAAGUGUACUCGCUGUUCGGUAUAGCGGAGACGAUGAUGCCGCUGGUGUUCGCGCCGAUGUACUCGCGCGUGUACAUACUGACGCUGCACGUGUUGCCCGGCGCGGUGUUCCUCCUCACCCUGCUGGCUACUACACCACCGUUUGUGAUAUUCAUAUGGUUUUACCGCCAGCAUAAGCAAGACGCUCGAAAAACUAAAUUCAUCAUAGAAGAGGCUGAUAAUGGAACGUAAUUUUCUUAUCUUGUAU